AUGCGCAACAAGCAACCGGACCCCAACCCGAUCGCCGUCAAGAUGCCAAACAACACAUACGAACGCAACACACACACCGCCGAACUGGCCAUGGCCAACCUACCUCCAGCAGCAACCAAAAUCAAACUGUUCCCCAACUUCGAUAGCAAUCUAAUAUCGAUUGGGCAAAUUUGUGAUACCGACUGCACCGCCACAUUCACCAGCACAGAUCUCACCAUAACAGACAACCCAACUGACACAACCAUACUCAAAGGCUACCGCAAUUGCACCACGAAUGGAUUGUGGCACCUACCGACUGACACCUCCCCUCACCACGCAAUCCCAACACAACAAACACAACAACAACAACUCCGAAAAACAUUCCCGGCAUGCUCCCAUGCCCUCACUCAGCGGCAAUCCCAGAACCAAAGACAACACCACCAGACCUGGCCGCCUCCCACGAUUCCUCCAGCACAUGUACCGACACUCAUCCACAUGCUGCAAAUCACAGCUCAACCGACACACGAAUCCAGCUCGUCCGCUUCGCACAUGCGUCGCUUGGCUCUCCGAACACCACAACGCUCCUCCAAGCACUUGAAAAAGGAUUCGUGCAUGGAUUCCCAGGCCUGA